AUGGAGGGUCCUCCAGAUACAAGCAAAGUGGCAGAAGACGACCAGUACGAUGCUUUUUACAUACUGGAUCAACCAAAUCCCAAAGUUCUCUCGGAUCCUGCUACAGAAAGACUCCAUGCUUUGGAGAAGAAAGUGAAGGCUAUAGAGGGUAACAAUAUCUUCGGCUCAGCGGCCAUGAACAUGCGAUUGGUUCCAAACUUGGUCAUCCCGGCUAAAUUCAAAACCCCUGAUUUUAAAAAAUACAAAGGACAAACUUGCCCAAGAAGCCAUUUCGUAAUGUAUUUUAGGAAAAUGGUUGCACAUACUGAAAAUGAUAAGCUACUUAUACACUAUUUUCAGGACAGUUUAAGUGGGGCAUCUCUAAGGUCGUACAUGACUUUGGAACAAGGACGAAUUCGGAGUUGGGAAGACUUGGUUGAAACUUUCCUCCGCCAAUACAAAUACAAUCUUGAUAUGGCACAUGACCUUAUGCAGUUACAAGGCAUGGUAAUGAACGAGAAAGAGUCAUUUAAAGAAUACGCUCAAAGAUGGAGGGAGUUGGUCGCUCAGGUGGAGCCUCUAUUGUCCGAGAAGGAAAUGACCGAAAUAUUUGUAGACACAUUAAAAGAUCUUUUGUUUGACAGAUUAAUGAGCAGCACAGUGUCAUAUUUUGCUCACUUAGUAACCAUUGGUGAUCUAAUUGAGAAGGCUUUAAAGGAUGGUAAAAUUCAAGGCACAUUUGGAGCAUCCAACGCACCGAAGAAGUACUCUGGAGGUUUCCAAAAGAAAAAGGAGGGUGAUACAAAUGUCAUCUCAAUGGGGUAUAAUGGUAAAAAAACAAACCCCUUAUGA